AUGUCAAUACGAACGACAACUCGAUCGUUCAUCGAUCCGGCUAUCGCCCUGCCACCGGCGUUCAGAACCGUCUCAUUUGGUAUCGAUGAUAACCGCCGCAGUCUGGCCAUCGAUCGUCCCUUGAAGGAGCAACUUGACAAGAAGAAACGGAAACAGAAGAAAGAGCGCAAGACGCCCGCAAAAGCUGCUGAGAUCGAAUUCGGAAAAACCGACUACCACACUGCGCCCAUCGAUGAGCUCAUGACCCGGUUUUCGACAUCUCGAUCCGACGGUCUGUCCAACAAUGCUUUUCAGCAGAAGUUGAAGACCGUCGGCCGAAACGUUCCCUCUGCCCCUCCGUCGCAAUGGUUCAAGAAGACGCUCGGCUAUCUCUUCGGUGGCUUUGGUGCCAUUCUGUUUAUCUCAUCGAUCCUCGUAUUUAUUGCCUGGCGACCAUUGGGAGACCCCAAUCCCCAGAUUGCCAACCUCGCUUUGGCUAUCGUCCUCGCCCUCGUCUGGGUCAUCCAGGCGGCGUUCUCCUUCUGGCAAGAUUUCUCCAGCUCUCGAGUCAUGGCAUCCAUCACCAAGAUGCUUCCCGAUGAGUGUAUCGUCUUACGCGAUGGGCAGCAGGUCAAGGUCGACGGUCGGGACAUUGUGCCCGGAGAUAUCUUGCGCAUUACAAUUGGAAACAAACUCCCAGCCGACGUUCGAUUCUUCGAGGUCUCGUCCGACGUCCGAUUCGAUCGAUCCAUCCUGACCGGAGAGGCAGCCCCACUUCUCGGCUCCGUCGAAUCCACCGACGACAAUUAUUUGGAGACCGCUUGUAUUGGUUUGGCAGGAACACACUGUGUUUCUGGAAGCGCCUGGGGUCUCAUUCUCGACACCGGUGACCGCACCGUUUUCGGCCGGAUUGCUAAACUCACCAGCACGCCCAAGACGGGAAUGACACCACUUCAGAAGGAAAUCCUCUAUUUCGUCGCGCUUAUCGUGUGCUUGAUGCUUACCAUGGUGGUCUUGGUUAUCGCCGUAUGGGCUGGUUGGCUUCGAAAAGAUCACCCAGAUUAUAUCAGUGUGGCGAACCUCAUCGUCAGCUGCGUCAGCAUCGCUGUCGCCUUCAUUCCCGAGGGUCUGCCGAUCGCCGUCACCGCCAGUCUAACCAUCACAGCCAACAUCAUGCGCAAGAACAAGGUUCUGUGUAAGAGUUUGAAGACUGUAGAGACGCUCGGUGCCGUCAACGUCAUCUGCUCCGACAAAACCGGCACUUUGACACGCAACCAGAUGAACGUCACCGAUUUCCUCGUCGGCAAACAGGCAAAGCUCGCAAAGGACGCUCCGGAACUAUUGUCGAGCAGCGAAGCACUCAGACAGCUGAACACGUCAUGCGCUGUCUGUAACGAGGCUGACUUCGACGCUGCAACAUCCGAGCUCCCGAUCGCGGACCGCAGGGUCAACGGCGACGCCACAGAUUCCGCCAUCCUCCGCUUCGCCGAAUCGAUGAAUGUGGUACGUGAUACGCGCAGUGCCUGGCGCUCAAUCUUUAAGAUCGCUUUCAACAGCAAGAACAAGUUUGCCAUCAAUGUUGCCUCCUCGGAAGCUUCAUCGGCGCCUCUGCUUCUGAUCAAGGGUGCCCCCGAUAUCCUUCUGCCUCGUUGCCGUUCCUACCUGGCUGCCGAUGGUUCCGUCGUGCCGAUGACCGACGCAGACCGAGUCGUGAUGGAAAACCAGAAGAACUUCUGGUCGUCUCAAGGAAAGCGUGUCAUCCUUCUGGCACAAAAGACUGUGGAGAACUCCCUCUUCGACCCGACGGAGCAACCUCGAGAGUAUGAACGUGACAUCAUGGCCCGUGCCAGUGAGGACUUGAUCCUGACUGGCCUCGUCGGCAUCGUCGACCCGCCUCGCGCUGAAAUUCCCGAAGUGGUCAGCACCCUUCGUGGAGCUGGCAUCCGCUUCUUCAUGGUCACUGGUGACUUCAAGCUAACCGCUCAGGCUAUUGCAGCCGAAUGCGGCAUCAUCACGAAUACUCCCGACAACAUCGACGACGUGUCCGCGUUGAUGCUCGAAGAUGGAUCAUUAGAAGGCCUGACUGACAAGAAGGGCGGCUCCGCAUCGAACAGCUCUUCCGAGAAGGUCGCCCGUGUGCGCUCGAUCGUCUUGUCUGGUGUCGAUCUCGAGACACUCGACGAGAACAUGUGGGAUCGUCUGGCCCGUUAUGACGAGAUCGUCUUCGCCCGUACCACACCUGAGCACAAGUUGAAAAUUGUCAAGGAGUUCCAGAGCCGCGAGAUGACCGUCGCCAUGACUGGUGAUGGUGUCAACGAUGCACCUUCGCUCAAGGAAGCUGACAUCGGUAUUGCCAUGGGAUCGGGAAGCGACAUCGCCAUCGAAGCCGCGGACAUGGUCCUGCUCGACUCUUUCGCCGCCAUCGUCGAGGCUGUCCGCUACGGUCGUGUUGUAUUUGACAACCUCAAGAAGACCAUCUGCUACCUGCUUCCCGCCGGUACCUUCUCUGAGUUCUGGCCAGUCUUCACCAACAUCAUGUUCGGUCUCCCCCAAAUCCUCAGCAGUUUCCUGAUGAUCAUCAUUUGCUGCUUCACCGAUUGCGCCGCAGCCACUGCCUUGGCAUACGAAGAGCCCGAGGCCGACGUCCUGACCCGUCCACCUCGAAACCCGAAGAAGGACCGCUUGGUCGACUGGAAACUGUUGCUACAGGCUUAUGGUGUACUCGGCUCCAUCGAAUGCCUAUGCUCCUUCGCCAUGGCAUACUGGUACGCUCAGCGUCAAGGCCUAUACUUUUCGGAUCUCUCGUUCGGCUUCGGCGCCGUGCCCGCCAACAUUGAAUCACAGGACCGGUACAACCAAAUUCUCAACACUGCCAGCUCGAUUUACUUCGUGAAUUUGGUCGUCAUGCAAUGGUUCAAUCUCUUCGCCGUGCGCACCCGUCGUCUCUCUGUCCUGCAACAUCGCCUCAACUACCUCCUCAUCCCAGCCAUCAUCUUCUCCCUCGUCGUUGCGCUGAUCUUCGUCUACCCCAAAGCGCUCAACGAUGCCCUCGCAACCACGCCCGUACCGGUGGAGCACUGGUUCCUGCCCAUGGGCUUCGGCGUGGGAAUCUUGCUGAUGGACGAGGGCCGGAAGUACCUGGUGCGGAACUACCCCCAGGGUUUCCUCGCGAAGAUCGCGUGGUAA